AUGGCGGACCUCGAGGGGCAGCCUGCGGCAGCCGCGGCGCCCGCGGAGGCGCCGGCUGCCGAGCCGGCGGGUGCGCCGGCCGCGGCGCCGGCCGGGCCGCCGGUGCCAGAGGAGCCACCCGCCGCGGGCCGCGCCGCGCCGUCCUGGGCCGAGAAGGCCGCCGCGGCGCGCCGCGCGGUGCCGGCCGAGAGGGCGGCCCCGGCGCGGAGCGCGGACGCGCCUGCCCGGCAGCCCAGGGCCGAGGAAGCCCGUUCGGCACGCACCGCCGCCGCGGGCCCCCGCCGGCGCUUUGGCGUACGGCUGCGGACCAGACUCGCCACGGGAGACGACCGGCGGGGCAUUGGGCUCGUCGGCAGGUGA